CCUGUCAUGUCAGCAUUUGACACUGACAGUUGUAAAAUAAAACUGUCAUGGCUGCCGGCCGGGUAUAGCUUGGGCAAGCUUGUGUUGAUUUGAUUAAUUUGACUAUAUUUAAGAAGUAUUUGUAAUUCCACCUCAAGUUUAUCAAUCUUAAAUUCAAAAUGACUAUCGGUAAAAAUAAUAAGAUGUUACAACACAUCAACUACAGAGUACGCGUUGUACUUCAGGACUCACGUACAUUCAUUGGAACGUUUAAAGCCUUUGAUAAACAUAUGAAUUUGAUCCUUGGAGAUUGCGAAGAAUUCAGGAAAAUUAAAUCCAAAAACGCUAAAACUGCCGAGAGGGAAGAAAAAAGAACCCUAGGGUUCGUGUUAUUGAGAGGUGAAAAUAUAGUAUCUUUGACCAUUGAGGGGCCUCCCCCGCCUGAAGAAGGUUUACCGCGAGUUCCACUUCCUGGAGCAAUCGGAGGUCCAGGCGCUGGUCGCGUGGCGGGACGCGGCGCCGGCCCGGGCGGCGCGCCCCCUGGCCUGCAGGGUCCUGCCCGCGGGGUGGGCGGACCAUCUCAGCAGCAUAUGGCGCCUGGUGGUCGUGGUCAAAUGGCUGCACCUCCUCAGAUGCGUGGUGGGCCUAUGAUGGGCGGUCCUCCGCCAGGCAUGAUGGGUGCUCCUCCAGGCAUGGGACGUGGAGGGCCAGGAGGCCGUGGACCUCCUCCAGGAAUGCGUCGUUAUUAAGUUCAGUGAAUCUAGUUUUAACCUGUAUAAGUAAGGGUUCAAUAAUGUUGAAGCUAUCAAUAUGUGAUCUGUCAUUUAGACCAUUGAAUGAUAGAAGUAUUUAGUGAUUCUUUGUCAAGUGCAAGUUUCAAGUAAGAGGUCUUGAGGUAGAAAUAUAAGUUUAAAUAUAA